AUGGCGAAUGCGGUUCUGUCCUCCAUAAUUGACAAUUUGGAUGGGUUGUUGACCCAAGAAGCGUUCCUUAAAGAUGCACAAGUCAACUUGGAGGGAGGAGAGAUCAGCGACGCCACAAAAGUAUGGCUAGAGCAGCUGAGGGAGAAUGCGGAUCGUAUAAAUGAUGCCAUUGAUGUAUUCCUUUAUUACUUCCGGCAACGUCGUCAACAGCGGCCUGGAUGUGCUGGUUUGCUCCGAAAACCAGGUGAGAUCGUCAAAGCCUUGAAACUGCGUCGUUACAUAGCUUCUCAGAUUCGAGAUAUUAAAAAGUCAUUACGUGAACUUACGGGAAGAUGUCAAAUUUAUGAUUUCGGACUCUCCAGUAGUGGUAGUACAGAUGUUGCAACACCCGACGAGUGUGAAGUUUUUGGAAUUGAUUCGGCAUUAACGACGCUCAUGACUAGUUUGGUAGAAGAGCCGUCGGCGCGUACAGUUAUUUCACUUGUUGGUGAAGGCGGAAUUGGUAAAACUACCCUAGCUAGGGCAGUUUAUGAUUCGGUGAGACUACACUUUGAUUGUCAUGUUUGGGUCACUGUGUCUCUAUCAUACGACAUCGAGAAGAUUCUAAGGGACAUGAAAGAGGUGAUUUGCCCAACAAGUGGACAAUCCGAGGAAGAAAUCGUCCCCAUUGAAGAACUAAUUAGUCUUUUGAGGGAAUUUUUGGAAUCAAAGGAAAGCACAUUUGAUUUUGUUCAUGAGCUAAAACCUUGGUCUUCAGAGCGAGCCUGGGAGCUAUUUUGCAAGAAUGCAUUUCGCGAAGGAAGAUGUCCCCGAGAAUUAGAGGAGUUGUCCCGUGAGAUUGUACUCAGAUGUCAAGGGCGGCCACUUGUUAUUGUGGCUGUAGCUGGUUUAUUGUCCAGAAAGGAAAAGACCAAAUUGGAAUGGCAAAGCAUGCUUGAUCAUUUCUAUGAUGAGCUUGAGAAAAUUCCCCAACUUGCCAAUGUUUCGAAAGAUCUGAUCUUUCUUAGUUUCCUAAAUCUACCUUUUUAUCUUAAAAGUUGUUUCUUGUAUCUUGGCAUUUUUCCUGAGGGUUAUUCUAUUAUUGAGGGAAGACUAUACAGACUUUGGAUUUCUGAGGGCUUUAUUGAAUCAAUGACAGACAAGACACAAGAACAAGUUGCAAAAUCAAGGAGAGACAAGACACAAGAACAAGUUGCAAAAGAAUACUUAAAUGAGCUCAUUCGUAGAGGCUUGGUUUCAUUUGAGAUAAGUUAUGGAAUUGAAAGACAUUGUCGUAUCCAUCAUUUGAUACGUGAUUUCAUUUUAGCAAGAGUUGCUGAAUUAUCUUUCUGUCAAAUUCUUGAGGAAAAUACGUUCAUACUCGAUAGAACAACUCGUCGUUUAUCAAUUUAUGGUACUACAAAGGAUGUGUUAGAGAUUAUUGGAGAUUCUAAGAUGCGUUCUCUCUUUCUCUUCAAUAUCGAUGAAUUGACCGAGUCUUUUGUUGUCAGUUUGUUUGAAAGAUUUAAACUUUUGAGGGUGCUGGAUUUUGAAGAUGCUCCUCUCGACCAUCUCCCAAGGGAAGUAGGGAAUUUGUUUCACUUGAAGUACUUAAAUUUGCGAGUUCAAAAAUUGCAGUACCUUUUAUCUUCUAAUAGGUUUAACAUCAGGGAAAGUGAAUAUGGUUUCAAUUCAUUUUUUGGUGGAAGGAUGAAUGAAGGGAUUGGAUGUUUGGAGGAGUUACAAACACUAUAUUUAGUUGAACCAUGCAUUGAUGGAGUCAGUUUUGUGAAAGAGUUAAAGAAGCUGAGGAAAUUAAAGAUUUUGGGCAUUGGAAAGUUGACUGCAGAAAUGGGGAAGGCUUUUGCAGCAUCCUUUGAGAACAUGAGAGCAUUGUUCUUGGACCUGUCGAGAUCUUAUCACUUUUCUAUGGCAUGUCAGCUUACAAUGUCGAAUGCAAGAGUUCCCGUAUUGGAUUUCGAAGCUCAAAAACCUAAGGGAAUUGAAUUUAUGCUUCUCAAG